GUAAAGUUCUUUUUUCUCUCUCUCUAUAUCCCUGAAUCCCUAUCUCUUCGGCGACGUCGGCGAGAGCUAGGGUUUCGUGUGCCACCAGCCCACCACCCUCCCGACAUGGCCGAGACCCCCCAGUACCAGAUCCUGGUGCGGCUCCUCGACGGCCGCACUCGCUGCCUCCGAUUCCCCACGCCGACCGUCUCGGGCGCCGCGCUCUUCGACGCCGUCGCGUCCCUCUCCCGCGUGCCCGCGGCCUCCCUCCGCCUCGUCACCGGCCGCGUCGCCGUCUCGCCCUCCUCCGUCCUUGCGGCCUCCGGCCCCGACGGCCAGUUCCCCUCCGCUUCCGCGCUCCUCCGCCUCCGCGGAGGCAAGGGCGGAUUCGGCUCCCUCCUCCGCGGGGCCGCAUCCAAGGCCGGACAGAAGAAGACUAGCAACUUCGACGCCUGCCGCGACAUCAACGGCCGCCGUCUCCGCCACGUCAACGCCGAGCGCCGCCUAGAGGAGUGGAAGGCCGAGGCCGCGGAUCGCCAGCUCGAGAAGCUAGCCGAUGACUUCAUCAAGAAGAAGGCCAAAGAGGCGGGCCGGCGCGGUGGCGGAGCCUCGGCCGCCGACGUGGACAAGUACCUCGAGAAGUACCGCAAGGACGCGGAGAUCUGCGUCAAUGCGGUGGAGGAGUCCGUGCGCGCGUCGCUGGGGAAGAGGAAGGCUGCCGCGCCUAAGCCACCGGCUGGGGCAGACGCCAAGAAGCUUAAGAUUUGGUUGGGCAAGAAGAAGGUAGAAGAUGAUGAUAGCGAUAGCGAUAGUGAUGUGGAUGAUGAGGAUAGGGAUGCUGAUGAGAGUGCAGAUACAAAAUCCGUAGUUCUUGAUGAUGGGAAUUGCUCAAAUGGAUCCAGCAAUAGUGAGGAGGAGAAGCUUGAUCUGGGUUCAGUUUCUGGGUCACAUUCAGAAGGAGAGUCCUCAGGCAAGAAGUCCCGGCACAGUGAUUCAGAGGAGAAUGGAAAUUGUGUUCAGGAAACCAUGGAACUGACGAUGAGAUCAGGAGCUGAACGUGGUGAGUUUGAAUCAGACAGUAGUGUGGAGCCUGGAGGAAUGGUGGAACAGCUCAAUUCUGUGAAUGAUAAUGUUGCUGUUGCUUCAGAAGAAGCGAAAGCAGAUGUGGAUAGCAUUGCUUCAGCCACUUCAAAUCAAAACGAACCGGAGGUGCCUCAAGUAGAAGAAUCUGUUGAUGGAAACAGAUCUUCUCAUGCAGAGCCACUAGAUCUGACAAAGUACAGUUCAGCUGCAGAAUUGGAGGCGCUUGGCCUGGAGAAGCUCAAGAUGGAGCUGCAAGCUCGCCAACUAAAAUGCGGUGGAACCUUACAGGAGCGAGCUGCCAGACUUUUCCUUCUGAAGACAACCCCACUUGAUAAGAUACCCAAGAAGCUGCUCGCAAAGCCCAUUGCUGUGGGGAAGUGAGAAGCAGUAGUAACAAAUAAUAAGUACUAUGGCUAAGGAAGCAAAAUGUAAUGUUUUUCUUUUGCGAUACAUGAAAUUUGUUGUAAUGUGAUCGUAAGCCUUUGGCUUGGCACCGGAAACUAAUGAGAUCUGUAUGUAUAUGUUUACUACCA